CCUCGACGGGCGCCGACGAGGACACGACACGAGCGCCUAGGUCAGCCAUGGGGACAUUCCUAGGGCACUUCGUCCCAGGCCUUGCCUUCGCCAUCCUCGGCAUGUGGCACGCGCUGAACACCGUGAAGACCUACAAGCUCAAGGGCUCCUCCGGCUUCCGCGCCGCCGCGUGGUUCCCCUUCCCGUCGCCGUUGCCCGGCCUGAAGCACCUGGAGCUCUACCUCUUGCUCUCCUUCUCCGUGCUCGCCAUCGUCGACCAGCUCGUCGACUUACCGCUGCUCUCGUUCUCGAUCCAGCCCGACGCGCUCGAGCACGCCACCAUGUACCUCCACCUCGCCCUGUACGCGUCCGUGGCGCUCGCGGCCGACGCCGUCGCGUCCUCCCACCACGGCGCGCAGCUCGGGGAGGUGGUCGCGGCGCUCGCCGCGUCGGUGUUCGGCCAGGAGCUGUUCCUGCUCCGGUUCCACUCCGCCGACCACGCCGGCCUCGAGGGGCACUACCACUGGCUGCUGCAGCUCGUGGUCACCGCCUCCUUCGUGUCCACCUCCGCCACCGUCGUCCUGCCGAGGAGCUUCGCCGUCGCGGUGGUGCGGUCGGCGUCGGUGCUGUUCCAGGGCCUGUGGUUCAUCGUCAUGGGCUUCGCGCUGUGGGUCCCCGCGCUCGUGCCGAGAGGCUGCCACGGCGUGACGUCCGACGGCGACGCCAUGCGGAGCGCCGUGGCGUGCCCGACGGACGAGGCGGCGCGAAGGGCGGUGGUGAUGGCGAACCUGCAGUUCAGCUGGGUGCUCGCCGCGGUGUGGGUCGUGACGGCCUACCUGUGCCUCAGGGUGGGGGAGUCCCGGAGCAUGGAGUACAGGCAGCUUCAGGCGCCUAGCAGCAGCGACGUCGGCGCGCUCGCCGGCGACGGGGACGCGACGCAGAAACGCGUGUUCCCUGUCUCGGACAACGUGUAGCAAGGACUCAAGGAGGGCCAAAUGAAGGAGAUGUCGCGUGGCGGCAGCAAAGCUUGUACGUAGUGUAUGGCUGAAGGUGGGCCGAUGUUUUGUUGGGCCCCCAGAUUCGGUGCCAUUUGUCAUAUGGGCCUUCUGUAAUCUAUUCCUACAUCACAAUAAAAUUGGAUUUGUGA